AUGGACAUCAUUAGCAUGUUGCCAGAUGAACUCCUCUGUCACAUUCUCUCCUUCCUUCCAACUAAACAAGCUGCUGCGACUUGUGUGCUUUCAAAGAGAUGGAAGUUCCUCUUGACCUUAGUCCCCGCUCUCGAAUAUAGUGAUCGAUUCUAUCUCAUCCACAACAAACCCUAUUCUUGCUUUGAAAGGCUCGUCAGAACAACCAUUCUGGCCAGAGAUGCCAAACAACUCAUCCGAAGCUUCUCUCUCAAAUAUAAAAGUUCUGAUUCUGACCGUUCGUAUCGCUUUUUCUGUAAUUGGGUUUACCCUGCUAUACAACGCGGGAUUGAGAACCUUGACAUCGAGAUCCGAAAAUAUUCUUGUAGGAUUGAUUUUACCAUUUUCAGCUGCAGAACUCUUGUUGUUCUCAAGUUGGCAUGUUUACAUGUGCAUUUUUCUUCUUCUGUUGAGCUUCCCUCACUCAAAUGUUUGCAUUUGUUUGAGGUUGUAUUGAGAAAACCUCAAUGUCUUUGGGAGCUGUUUGGUGGGUGUCCAAUUCUUGAGGAUUUGAAAGCAAUAUCAAUAAAGAAUGAGGAUGGCUAUUUUUGUGUGGAAGGGUUUAAAAGGUUACCCAAGUUGGUCAGGGCAGAUAUAGGUGGUUAUUAUAGGGAUUAUAUUCCUCUGAAAGCAAUAUCUAACGUGGAGUUUCUUAGCAUUUACAAGUUUCGAGCGGAUGAUGAUGUAGUUCCUCAAUUUCCUAAUUUACUACAUCUAGUGCUCACGUUCGAGGCUUGGAUGACUAUGAACUGGCAUUUGGUGCUUGAGAUGCUCAGAAAUUGCCCCAAACUACAGGUUUUUGAACUUACUUCCCGAGCUGGUGGUCAUAAGGAUGUUUUACCUCACACACAUCUUGUUCCUGUUCCUGAAUGUCUUACUUCAAGCCUUAGAAAGUGCUCUCUUGGACUUGCCUAUGGAACGGAAAAUGAUCUGCAAUUUGCAAAAUAUAUUAUGCAGAACUCAACAACUUUAAGGACCAUGACAAUUUGCAACGGGAAUUUCACAUGGUUUUGA